AUGGAUAGUGCUCUAGGAACUGGAACUCAAAAGAUCGAAAAAAGAGUUGGCGGUAGUGCUGGCAACACUCUCGCAGUUUUGUCUCAAUUUCCUAUGACAAAGACUUGGCUUAUGGCUCCUAUGGCUUCUAAAGAGGCUUCAAAAUUUUUAAUCCAAGAUUUCGAAUCACGUAAUAUUAAGACUACAAUUUGCGCAUUUAGGUCUAAUGUACAACAUCCUCAGGUCACAUACUUUAUUCAUACUGAAGAUGAAAACUCAAGAACUGUUGUAAAUUAUAACAGUAUCAAAGAAUUAACAUUCGAAGAAUUCAAAAGAAAGUUCGAGUUUGCUUGUACUGUCGAAAUAGCUUCUUUAAAUUCUUCAAUGCCUUACAAUUGGGUUCAUCUUGAAGGCCACAAUAGAGAGGCGAAAAAAAUGAUUGAUUAUAUCGAUUCAAGAAUUUGGAGGAAUAAAGCUAUUAUAAGUGUUAGAUUAGAAAGACCUUAUAAAAAAGGUUUAGAAACUUUAAUACAAAAAGCUGACGUUAUAUUCUUUUCCCACAUCUUUGCUGAAAGUAAAGGAUAUAAUCGUGAUGGUGCUUAUGACUUUUUAAAAGUUAUGAGUCGAUUUUGUAAAGAUACUGCCUAUUUAUUUUGUACUUGGGGAACAUACGGAGCAUUGUGUUUUCACAAUAAAACCAAAAGAAUUUAUUCUGCUUCUGCAUUACAAGUACCAGUUGUAGUCGAUAGUAUAGGUGCAGAUGAUACAUUCAUCGCCUGUGCGAUAUAUGGUUUAGCUCAAAGAAUUGGACUAUUAAGAAAACGUAAGACUCGAAAAGAGUCUAAUAUAAAUAAUAAGAUAGACAGUGGUUUUGGUUUUCUUCCAGAUGAAAUUCAAUAUGAUGACUUUGAUAAUAAUGAUAAUGAUGAUAUAUUUACUCACAAUAUUGAUAAUAAUGAUAAUGAUGAUAUAUUUACUCACAAUAUUGAUAGUAUUAAUAGUAAUACUGGCAGUAUGAGGUCGUUUAGAAGUAAUUCCAGAAAAAGGCAAUGA